UGAUGCCCUUGCAGCCUACCUAGUUGGCUUGAAUCGUACCAUUACCGCCUUGUCAGCCAAGGAGGAGGCGGACAUAGUCCACCUGUACACAGCUCUCCAUGCCAUGGACAAGAAACCUUCAAGGUACACCCAGAAGGCUAAGAAAAAAAAGCAUGUGCGUCAGGAGGACCGUGGAGAGCACCCAGGAAGCCGAGUGGCUCUGCUCCUGGACAGCAGGCGGCAGAGAGACUAUACAUGACUCACGGCCAAGCAGCCCAGGACCCCGAAGUACCCCCUGAGUGUGUUUGCCUCAGACUUGCCAAAGAGUUUGAGCAGUCACGCAACAGGCCAAAUGACACAAAGGGGAAAACCUUGCCCAUCCCUCAGUCCAAUGUCAGCGUCUACAGCCACAUCAGACAGCUGCUGGAGGACAGCAGGGUUGUCCUGGACCAGACGAACCUCGUUCUGGUGACGGUUAACAACACCACAGUCUCUUCAUGGCUGCUUAGGAGGGAUAAAAGGAAGGACAGGGACAUGCUGCUGCAAGGCACUGUACUUCCCAAACAGCUGCACCUGGCCAAGGAGCCUCUCCCUGCAAUGAACACACUUCCAGCUGCCCCUGUGCAACAUGCACAUGAAGCGAUGACAUUUGAGGAGCCUGAAAACCACGAGUGGGAAGCUUUCCCCCGCCAGCGCACUCUAGCAGCAAGUAAGCCUGUGUUCUCUCCGCCAUCUCCACCUCCCCAGUUCCCUCCACAAUUUGGGCCAGCUCCUCCGUUCCAGCCAGCUCCUCAGUUGCAGCAUGCUCCUCCAUUUCCGUAUGCUCCUCCAUUUCUGCAUGCUCCUCCAUAUCCGCAUGCUCCUCCAUUUCUGCAUGCUUCUCCAUUUACCCAUGCUCCUCCAUUUACCCAUGCUCCUCCAUAUCCGCAUGCUCCUCCGCUCCUCCAUAUCCGCAUGCUCCUCCAUAUCCGCAUGCUCCUCCAUUGCAGCAAGCUUCUCCAGAGUGCCUUCCAUCCCAGCCAAGGCAACGUGCCUGGAGGCUGA